ACCAAACUGUCAGUGACGGUUGAAAUCAUGCUUGAAAUAAAUUUGUUGAAAGUGGAGAACCCGUCCUGUCUGUGGGGUCGGUUUGUGAAGGGUCCAGGGAUAGAAGCGGUCGAGAAUAAAAAAGAAUAUGAUGAUCUGCAAAUGAAAAUGAACCUUUUCUAUCAUGAGGUCAACCUACAUGUGCAGAAGAUCAAACUCUCAACUAUAGAGUCGGGACAGGUGUGUGUGGUGUACUGGUCUGCCCUAAGGAGCUGGUGCCGAGCCAUCGUUGAGUCUCUUUUUCUGGGCACCGUUGGAACCCAGGCCAUGUGUUUCCUAGUUGACCACGGAGAGCGCGUCAUCGUCAGCUCAGAUGAGAUUCGGGCUCUGUUAGAUACGUUUUUGCAGCUGCCCUUCUGGGUGAGGAAGUUUCAGCUCGCUGGUGUUCAUCCCAUGACGCUGCAUGUGUCUGGAGACUGCCUGGAGAAAGCUGAGCUCAUACCAUCAACGCAAUGGGACAGCUCUGCCACACGCUAUUUGCACAAUCUCUUACAAGCUUCUACUGAGAUGGAGGCAGUGUUGUGUGAAACACAGGCAGAUUGCACUGCCAUUGAGCUCUACUUGACCGUCAAAAAUGUCAAGAUCUGUGUGAACGACGAUCUGGUCUCAAAGAAGUUUGCGUACUUCACAAGCCAGAAGACCCAUCAAACCAGUGGAAAAAAUGGUGUUGUUGAUAGAUCCCCAGCCGUCUUGGCUUGUGACAUCUUUUCUGAAACUAAGAACUUCCUGGCUACUGAUGGCUGUACCGUACGAUCACUUUCAGAUUUCCGGCUCCGGCAGCAGGACCCAAUCGUUCAUAAUCAAGUGUCUGAUCAGUGCCAGCUAACGGCAUCUGUGAAAGAGGCAUCGAAGACUUCCAAUGAGAUAUCAAAUCCAAAGAAAAGCCCAGAAAAUGGAAGAAAUCCCUUAGAGGGAGGAAAAAAGAAGGCAGCGCAGCCGCAGAACAAGAAAUUCAAGACAUUUUCAGAGAUUGAUGGCGACGAAGUUGAGAGGGACGACGAGCCCGGAGAGGAAACCGACAUGUCUCUUGACUCAGAACUGUUCAGAAAUCUGAAUCUGUUAAGAUUCAAGAAGUUUCUGAAUCCUACUUCGAGCACUCAAAGGGCUGCUAUUCCCAAUACUGAGCUUAUUGAACAGAAGGAGGAACGUGGUGUUCAGAGGAUCUCUGCGGUCACGGAGAAAGCAGAGGAAGAGCCGGUCACUGCACCUCAACAGAUCGGACAACAGACUGAAACGGCUGUAUGUACUCCUAGUGACCUAGUAGACCGGACACAAGAGUUUGUCUUCACAGAGCAGCCAACCAUUGAGGAGGAGCUUGUCUGCGCUCGGUUGUUGCAGUUGCUAAACCCUGACCCUCUGAACACAGAUGUAGGCUCAUCAGAAGUCACUAUCGUCCAUACUGAUCCAAGCAGGAGUGGGAUAAUGGUGCAUUCUGCCUUUACUCUGGACCCCUGCACCAGUCUGGCCAAUGCUCCAAUCACUGACACCUUCCGGAGGAUCUUGAUGAGGAAUAAGUAUGCCGGCCCGUCUGUGGCUGAGAGUUACUGCUGGCCGGCGGUGGCCAGGGGCUGUGACACGGUCCUCAUCUCCCACAGCGGAGACCAGCCCCUCACCUACAUUCCCCCGUUCCUGGCCCACAUGCAGCUCUCCUCUGUCUUCAGCGCCCUCUCUGCUCGCACCGGGCCCAUAGCAGUGAUCCUGUGCCCGGGGUGGGAGAAAGCCCAGACUGUGAUUGACCUGCUGGAGGAGAGCCAGACCUUCCAAGUCCUCCACCCCAUGGUCAUACUGUUGGGACUGGGAAAGGACGAGGCAAAGACUGUUAAGAUCCAGAACAACUGCCAGGUGGUGGUGACCACUCCGUUCAGCCUUGUGCGUCUGCUGCGUUUGCACUGUUUCCUGUUCCUGCGGCUGUGUCACCUGGCGCUGGACGAAGUGGACCUGCUCUUUUCUAGAGCCCCGGACGAGAUGACCAUCAUCCUGCAGCACUUCCAGAGGGUGACAGCCAGCGAGGAGCGUGUGUCGUGCCCCAGACAGAUCAUCGCAGUGGGAAAGCGCUGGAGCCGCCCCCUGGAGGGCCUGCUCCUCAACCACAUGAGCAACCCCACCGUUGUCGUCACGGUGAUGGAGGAGGCCGCACUCUACGGCAAUGUGCACCAGAUUAUCCUGUUGUGUCUGGACUGCACUAAGAUCUCUGUCCUGCUCGGGGCGCUGGACUUCACCCCCGACGUGGCCCAGAAGACCCUCGUCAUCACCAACUCUGCUGAGGAGGCCGAAAAUGUCUUCAAGGCUGUUUCAAACACAUCAGCCUUCUCCCUGAAGGUCCACGAGGAGUUAACCUACCAGUUUGACUUUGUGACUGAGCAGUGGAAGAAGCCCAUUGGACCUGGCACUCAUGUCAUUCUGGUCACCACCAAUGAGUGUAUGAAGUCUUUGGGUAUCUGUGAUGCAACGUGUGUUGUGCACUACGGCUUCCCAAGCUCACCAAAGCUGUUUGGCAGCCGUCUGUUUUGCAUGUCCCAGAACUUCCAGAACCUUUCAGACAAGGAGCGUGCUGCAGAGAGCACGUCUCACCCUGCCAAGUCAGUGCUGCUGCUAUCUGAGAGGAAUGCCCGUCACGUAAUCGGGGUCCUGCGCUACCUAAAGCGUACUGAGGCCUCGCUGCCUCCAGAGCUGCUGCACUUCGCCCAGGGAGUCCUGCGGGCCAAGGAGGAACAGAAGUUAGACAGGCCUCUGUGCAGAUACCUCAAGAGCUUUGGCUUCUGCAGGGACAGCAGUGUUUGUUCUUAUCGACACAGCAUCAGCCCCAUAACAGACCAGCCACUGCAACCAGACUCUGGAACUAUUGUGGUUCUGCCCUUGUUCAUCAAGACUGCUUCCGUCUACUACGGACGCAUUGUGAGUAAGAAGGAGGACCAUUAUGAGAGCAUGGCAGCAGCAAUGACUACAUACUAUGCCGCUGAGAAGCUGGGUGCUAAGGAGGUUCUGGAGGGAGGGCUGUACGGAGUACAAGAGGAUGAGGUCUACCACAGGGUGCGGGUGACUUCGGUGCCGGACAAGCGUGAGUGGAUGUUCUGCAGCGUGAGGGCUCUUUUCCUGGAUGAGGGGCGUGAGCAGGAGGUGAAAUCCCACCAGUUACUGCAGCUGCCGGCCCAGUUCCACACACUGCCGCCCCAGGCUUUGGAAAUCAUCGUCUGCAGGGCCAUGCCCAUCGACGCUGAGGUCAAAUGGAACCCCAAGGUCACCAGGGCCAUCAGUCAGAAGAUCAAAGGCCUGCAGCACCAAGCCAAGGUUGUUCUGUGUUUGGGAAACACGGUCUUCGUAGAUCCCAUGGUGCGGAUGACACGACUACCAGGCCUGAAGACCUUCAUAAAUGAAUACAACGUCCACGCUGAGAUCCUGAGCACGGGGAUGGGCACCAGCAACCCUCAGCACCUGGACCUGCUGAAUGAGCUCUGCCAGUGGGCUGGGCCUGGAGCCAGUGCUGGGGAUGCCCCGCUCACCACAGUGCCGGAUGGCUCUGGGGUGACCUUGGAGGACAAGGUGCAGGCUGCAGAGGAGGCCCUGGUCCACAGGAUGAGGGCAGCUGUCGAGCGCUUACACUGUGGCCAGGAGGUUUCUGUAGACCAGACCCAAACGUCUGUGCUUCAUGCCCAGACAGACUUGUCCCAGUGCCAUAUGAAGGCCUCAGCAGAUCUGCACCAGAUGGACCAGAAAGUCUUUGCUCAUGCACCCCAGCCUCGGAUGAACGAUGUCUUUAUAUACCCGUCCCAGCUCUCGCCCAAGCCACAGGAGGCCCCAUUAGCAGCAGUUCCUGAUCCGAGCGAGGCUCAACUACCAAAACUCAUGGACAGGACCCAGAUACCUUCCCCUCUCCCAACACCUAGCGAAGCCCAGAUAUCUUCCCCACUCCCAUCAACUAGCGAGUCACCGUUACCUGCCCCAACAACUGAGCACAACGACCCCAAAAUGGAGCAGUGGAGGAGCCUCAUAGCUAACCUCCAAGGCGCCACACAAACACGGAGGCAUACAGCUCUACAAGGAUUCACCCCCAAAGACUGGAUUUCUGCAGUUCCCCGCCCCAUUGAAAAUGGUCAUUUGAUCGAUGCGAAGCAAGUCAACGGUGAGAAAGUCAUCAGUGUUGUCAAGGUUGAUGUGGAUGCACCAAAAAGUUUCCAUCCACAGAUCAAGUGGUUCCAGAGAGAUGACACAGUCACACUGAACAUAAAGCUCAGAGAACCAGUGGAUCAGAGAUGUGAAUUCUUCCCUGACAGAGUGGUGUACAGUGCGUGUGUGAAUGACAGGCCUUAUCGUGCUGACCUGGAGCUCCACAGUAACAUCACUGCAGAGAGGUGCUCCUGGGAGAUGAAGUGCAAUGAGCCAGUUAUCAGGCUCGUCAAACAGGAGAGGGGAGACUGGAAGAUGCUCCUCAAGCAAAAGAGUGCUUUUGUUAGUUUGGAUUUCGACCGAUUUGAGGAAGAUGAAAAGAAGACUUCAAAUGGUCUCUGCUUUGUGGGGCACACUGGGGAGGAAGGCUGCUACGUGAGCUCAGACAGUAGCAGUGACUGACUGCAGACAGACGGCCCUCAUCGAUCCUCCCUCCAAUCAUCAACUGAGAAGAACCUAGUGCCAAUCCCCCCAAAAUACAUAAAUUCAGCCAGUUAAUUAUUAUACACUUUUCGUUCAUGUCUGCUUGAAGGACACAUCUCUUUGUCUAUUUUAGCACAUUUCAUAUGACAAUUCCAUGUUUUCAGGUUUAUUGUUUAAAGAUUUUUUGAUGUUAUGCUAUCAGACUCAACAGAAGUGAAUUGAGAAUAAUGAUGGAGUAUUCAAAUCUGUUACGACAAUAGUACAUCAAAGUACUUGCUACUUAGGAAUUGACAAACUAGCAGAUACCCAUGACGUCCAGUCAUUGUGUUAACGCUAGUUAGAAUUGGCUUGCGAAACACCCUUUAACUUCCUUCAUACUGGACACAGAUAUAACAAUGAUAUCCUCCAGUUCAUAUGACUGGGGAAGUAGUUAAAGGGCCCCAUUGCCAAAAUCCUGAAGUAAAAAAAAAAAAGUAUGUUAAAAAGCAGCUUUCCUGUGUUAGAAUGAUGUGGGCUUACCUCAACAACAGAAUGGUGUGGGCGUUUACCCGUCAUAAAAAAUAUUCAAGCAAGUAGACUGCUGAUUGGCCAGCUCAUCAUCCUAUAUGAAGAAAUGGAAGGCAUUUCUGAAACUGUCUGAAGUGUCCCCCCUCCAAUUUAUGCUUUGGCCACAUGAGUAUAGGAUGAGUUAACAAAAUUAUUUGGGUAAGAGUUAACUGAACUUUUAAGUGAGAUUUUGACUGGACAAUUACAAUAAGCGUUUUCACACAUAGUUGUUAGCUAAAACGGAAAUCCGUUUUAUUAUAGGUUUAAGUUACGUUCAAUUUCAAGAAAACAAAAAUUUGUGAACCAGUCCUUGUUUUCAAGCAUGUGUCUACUUGACAUAAAUGUACAAGUCGAAGCUACAUUCUGGGAUUCGAAAAACUGCUGCCAUGUCACUUGUUUUGGCAUACAGCUGAGGGAUGGGGCUAGUAAAAUGUAACCCCUCAAAUUCAUAGACUGCGUUCAAGGUGCAAGGACUAACAGUAUAUAUGCUAUUUACCAGACGCUUUUCUCCACAGCGACGUAGUCAUGCAUGCUUCGUGCGUCAUUAUUUUACAUAUGAGUGGUCCUAGGAAUUGAACCAACUAGCCUGGUGUUGUAAGAGACAUGCUCUACCAACUGAGAGGACCAGUCCAUGACAUCCAAGCUAUACAUUGUUUACAUUAUUGUCAUUUGUAAACAAUGGUGUAAUAAAAACCAAAUAUUUUAGUUAUGAUAAAGACCGAUGGUUGUUCUUUGCUCAUGAGGCGUUUUAAAGCUCCAUUAUGGAACUUUAUUUAUUUUUUCAAGAAUCUUAAUUACCAUUAAUCAACUUUCAGACGAACGUUCUUCCAGACUACCUGCAUUUUUGCUGUGAUUUUUCAAUUAAAGUGCAAUGGUUUUGGAAUAGUUGCUUUGUAAACUAAUAUAAAUGAUUUUACUUUCAAUACAUGGACUAAUGCGGUAUGACCCAAAUCCCGCCAGAAGAACCGAAAGAUUAACUUCGGUCUUAAUAAAGCCUUCAAAAUAAAAGUUAACAAAACAGCUACACUAUCAGUAGUCUUCUAUGCUAGAAAUGAACCUUUCAGCAGUACAUUGAAGUUCCAAGCUAAAUAUGAAAACACCCGUACGAAGUGUGGAGUGGGUUGUGUAGUAAAAAAAAUGUAAACACUUGGAAUUUCUCUAAAUUAAAUGGAUAGUUUAUCUAAUCAAGCUAGCUGUAGCAAAAGUAAACAAUGGAUUAUCGUGGAUGCUGUCACUUCAGAGAGGUAUAGAACGAUUGAUGUUAUAUUAUACUCAAGGUUUUCUUGAGCUCAUUCAUCCUCCUCUCCCCUGUAACUAUUCCCCAGUUGUUGUUUUUUUUUGGGGGG